GGGGCUGCUGAAGGAGACGGGGCAAUGUGUAAAGGGAGAGUGGAGGAGAGAAGGGGGGAGGGGUAGAAGAAGGGGGGCUUGCUCCUCUGUGUGUCCAGCCUGAGAGCCUUUUUAGAGCCGUCCAGCGGAGCCAGAGUGCCUUUUGUCUGUUGAUACGAUCAGGAGACUGGAGGAAGUGAAAGAGCUUGAGAGAGUUUUUCUGUCAGCCUCUGUGCCUCUUCUUCCUGCUGCCGCUGCUGCUCUCAAGGAGACUUGAACAGGGCUAUCUGUUUCCCUCUAUUCUGCUCUGCUCCAGCAGGGCAGACCAUUCACCAUGAAGGGCACAGGGCAGAGUAGAAGAUGUCCGCAGAUGCAUUUGGAGCCGGGGGCAGCGAUGCCCAGCAAACCCUGCAGUCCUUCUGGCCUCGUGUCAUGGAGGAGAUCAGGAACCUGACUGUGAAGGAUUUCCGCGUGCAGGAGCUGCCUCUUGCUCGAAUCAAGAAAAUCAUGAAGCUGGAUGAGGAUGUCAAGAUGAUCAGUGCAGAGGCUCCGGUCCUGUUUGCCAAGGCAGCUCAGAUCUUCAUCACAGAGCUCACCCUCAGAGCAUGGAUCCACACCGAGGACAAUAAGAGACGCACGCUACAGAGGAACGACAUCGCCAUGGCAAUAACAAAGUUUGACCAGUUUGACUUCCUGAUCGACAUCGUGCCGCGGGAUGACCUGAAGCCGCCUAAACGACAGGAGGAGAUGCGCCAGUCGGUCGCCCCAGCAGAGCCGGUGCAGUACUACUUCACUUUGGCCCAGCAGCCUGGAGCUGUACAGGUGCAGGGCACACAACAGGGCCAGCAGCCAGGUGCACAAACAGCCACGACCAUCCAGCCUGGACAGAUCAUCAUCGCUCAGUCACAGCAAGGACAGAUGCUGCAAGGUGCCACCAUGCAGCAGUUACAGCAAGUGCAGGUGCAGUCACAGGGCACACCCAUCACGAGUGCACCUGUGGCCAUGCAGGUGAGUGAGGGCCAGCAGGUACAGAUUGUCCAAGCUGCCCAGGGUCAAGCCCAGACAGCUCAACCCCAAGGCCAGACCAUGCAGGUCAUGCAGCAGAUCAUCACCAACACAGGAGAGAUCCAGCAAAUCCCGGUGCAGCUAAACACGGGCCAGCUACAAUACAUCCGUCUAGCUCAGCCUGUGUCUGGAGCACAAGUGGUCCAAGGACAGAUUCAGACUCUUGCCAACACCCAGCAGAUCACACAGGCAGAGGUACAGCAAGGACAGCAGCAGUUCAACCAGUUUACUGAUGGACAGCAGUUGUAUCAGAUCCAGCAGGUGACGAUGCCAGCAGGACAGGAGCUGACCCAACCGAUGUUCAUUCAGUCCACAAACCAGACAGCUGACGCACAGGUCACGCAGGUCAGCACUGAAUGAGCCCAACCAGGAACCUUUUUCUCCACACACACAACACGCAUACCAGCCCAUGUGAUGCCGACAGAUGCCACCGAUUUCGUCAAGGGACUCUUGAUAAACUUGAUUUCAAGCACUGCCCAUGUAGAUGGGGCACCUGAAAUCUUGUGAUAAAUUUAGUGCACUGGUUAAAAAAAAGGGACACUGAUUGACUCUAAAAAUUACACGUUAAGUUGCAUCCAUGCUUUGAACUUUCUGUACUUGUUACCCACAUCCACAGUGAAUAUAUGCAUCAACUGCUGCAGUCCCUGACACCAGUGUCUCCACAGACCAACUCUGUUUAUCAUCUCAUGUUCGAGCCUGAAACAUUUUUCAAACAUUAAGUUUGCUUUGUUCCUGUUGCCUUCCUUUCUGCUCUGUAUUUGGUAAUCAAUUGGAAAAGUGUUCGUCUCUCUCUACAUGACCUGCUCCUGGCAUAUCUGUGGCUCAAAGUGGCCAUGGGAUUCUUCACCUCCUGCUUUCUUUCUGGAAAAAUACAAAUCAUUCUCUCUUUACUGUUUUCCAUGUAGUUUGACAGAUGAAAUGAAGCCAUAUACCUCAGAUAUCACUUUUUACAGCAAGUCAGUCAAAGAGAUUUUGAAAAGAGGUUAUAAGGUUCAGUGAAAAAUUCAUGUAUUUUCUCUUUUGUGUUGUGUUCCACAUUGACGACGAAGCAUGACUUUAUGUUUUAAGGGCUUCACACUGUAUAGGUUAACUGUGUAUGUGAGGGUGUGUGUGUUUGUAUUUCAAGCACACACCCCACAGUCAUCUUUACUAUUCCUUUCAUUUACUCUUCCUUCACAACGCUGUCUUUAGAGCAGGGAAUCUCUUCUCUGCCUCUAUGCAGUUUUACACAUCCCUCUCUACUCGGGUGGUUUUGGAGUCUUGUGCCCUGGUUUAAGUCUCAUGUACAAACACAUGACUCCGUCUGGAGCAUAAAACAAAACACCCUUUUUAUAGAACUCUCCUUAUUCCCCAAUACAAGUGUUUUUCCUCUGGUUUUGAGAUGUUUUGCCUCGUAUCUUCCCCCUCAUUUUUUGUACAGUAAUGAUUAUUAUCAAUGUUGUUAUUGUUGUUUUUGCAUGUAGUUUAAACUGCCAGCAUGACAUGCAAUAGAUAGGUACAAUUUUAUUUUCGACGUUCCUUUUUGUAAACAAACUUUGUUUGUGAGAAAAAAAAUAAAAAAAGAUAACUUGUCUAAGA